CACUUGAUAGCCUACAUCCUGCGUUAGCCAGGCACAAAAAAACAACCAACAACUAGAUAUACAUGUAGUAUCGGUCUAAAUCAAUACUUUGUCAAUAUACGCAGCUUUCAUUUCAUCAAUCAUCAUCAAGACAUGGCCAGAGCACUGAGAGAUAUCAGGUAUUGAUGUAACUGGAGUGAAUAAGGGAACCUUCUUCUUGAGCACAGACAUUGGAGCCUGUUAUCAGCAUGAACUCAUAUAUGUUAGACAAACAGGUCAAUAGUUCAUAUCUAUCCUUCACUACAGUCUUAGACACCAAUGACUAUUCACAAACAUUGGGGAUAUCACAGCAGAUAUUUAAAGAAGAUGGUGAAUUGGCAGGAACUGGGCAGCAAUCACUAUGUACAGAGAGUAAUUUAGUCAUCAAACAAGAGGAAAACAUUUAUGCCUUAUCUAGUGAAAUUAUUAUCCCAGAGGAUAAACCACACACAUUUACUGAGUUUUCAAAACAUAUUAAAGAAGGGAAAAGUCUACAGUCUAGCCAAAUGAUUCAAAUAAAGGAGAAACCUUUUCAAUGCACAGAGUGUGAGAAAAGCUUUAGAUGGAAGUCUCCUCUACUAGAACACUACAAAAUUCACACAGGUGAGAAACCACACACAUGUACUGAGUGCGGCAAAUGUUUUACACUAAGGAGUCACACAGGAGAAAAGCCUUUCAUAUGUACAUACUGUGGAAAAGGAUUUACACUAAAGAGUAAUCUGAAAACUCAUGAAAUUAUUCACACAGGAGAAAAGCCUUUCACAUGUACAGAGUAUGGAAAAAGUUUUACAGAAAAGAGUAGUCUGAAAACUCAUGAAAGGAUUCACACGGGAGAAAAGCCUUUCACAUGUACAGAGUGUGGAAAAAGUUUUAUACAAAUGAGAAAUCUGAAACGUCAUGAAAGGAUUCACACAGGAGAAAAGCCUUUCACAUGUCCAGAGUGUGGAAAAAGUUUUACACAAAUGGGUAGUCUGAAAUAUCAUGAAAGGAUUCACACAGGGGAAAAGCCUUUCACAUGUACACAGUGUGGAAAAAGUUUUACAGAAAAGAGUAGUCUGAAAACUCAUGAAAGGAUUCAUACAGGAGAAAAGCUUUUCACAUGUUCAGAGUGUGGAAAAAGUUUUACACACAUGGGUAAUCUGAAAUAUCAUGAAAGGAUUCACACAGGGGAAAAGCCUUUUACAUGUACACAGUGUGGAAAAAGUUUUACACACAUGGGUAAUCUGAAAUAUCAUGAAAGGAUUCACACAGGGGAAAAGCCUUUCACAUGUACACAGUGUGGAAAAAGUUUUACAGAAAAGAGUAAUCUGAAAAAUCAUGAAAGGAUUCACACAGGAGAAAAGCCUUUCAAAUGUACAGAGUGUGGAAAAAGUUUUACAGAAAAGAGUAGUCUGAAAACUCAUGAAAGGAUUCACACAGGAGAAAAGCCUUUCACAUGUUCAGAGUGUGGAAAAAGUUUUACACACAUGGGUAAUCUGAAACAUCAUGAAAGGAUUCACACAGGGGAAAAGCCUUUCACAUGUACACAGUGUGGAAAAAGUUUUACAGAAAAGAAAAAGAGUAAUCUGAAAAAUCAUGAAAGGAUUCACACAGGAGAAAAGCUUUUCACAUGUACAGAGUGUGGAAAAAGUUGUAUAACCAUGAGUCAUCUGAAAUAUCAUGAAAUGAUUCACACAGGAGAAAAGCCUUUCACAUGUACUGAGUGUGGAAAAAGUUUUGCACAUAUGAGAAGUCUGAAAGGUCAUGAAAGGAUUCACACAGGAGAAAAGCCUUUCACAUGUACAGAGUGUGGAAAAAGUUUUACACAAAUGAGUAGUCUAAAAUAUCAUGAAAUGAUUCACACAGGAGAAAAGCCUUUCACAUGUACAGAGUGUGGAAAAAGUUUUACACAAAUGGGUAGUCUGAAAUAUCAUGAAAGGAUUCACACAGGGGAAAAGCCUUUCACAUGUACAGAGUGUGGAAAAAGUUUUAAACAAAUGGGUAGACUGAAAUAUCAUGAAAGGAUUCACACAGGGGAAAAGCCUUUCACAUGUACAGAGUGUGGAAAAAGUUUUACAGUAAAGAGUAAUCUAAAAACUCAUGAAAGGAUUCACACAGGACAAAAGCCUUUCAUAUGUUUAGAAAGUGGAAAAAAGGUUUAUUAUUGAAAUCAGGUAUCACAAAAUACCAAAUAUUUACACACAAAUAAACUUUAUAUACACAGUGUACAAACCUUUUUACAGUUAUCCUAAAGUGGACAAACUCUCUAAGUAGAAGCAUCAAAAGAGAUUUAAUUGUAAAUAAUACUUUCUAAAUCCCAGUUAUAAAAGCCCCAGAUUGGAAGUGC